AAGGCUAACCAAAAGCAUCGUGAAAUGCGCGGUCUUACCUCGGCUACCAAGAAGUCUCGUGGACUUGGAAAGGGAUAUGGCUACAGCAAGACUAUUGGUGGUUCACGUCAUGCGGCUUGGAGACGCAAUAACACAGUUCAAAUGAGACGACGUCGUUAA